GUAACCACGGAUGUUAAUUCUUCCAGUUCGGAUAAUAAUUCUGAAACUGAAACAGAAUCUGUCUCAGAAAUUGAGGACAAUGUAAAUUUAUAUAAUCUUGCUAUUGAACAACUGAAAAACGAAGUUAAAAGUAACAGUCACAAUGAGAUUGAAAGUGCCCGCCUCAAUGCAAUAUUAUUUUACCUUCGCCUUAUAAAAUGUGGUGAGGGAAAAACUAAGACUAGUGUUACUGUGGCUAAAGCUACCAGAAAAAACAUUUAUCGUGCUCGUUUUAUACGAGCUUGGAUAUUAAACUACCUUCAAAAUGGCACUUUGCCAGUAUCAAGACAAGGAAAACAUCUGAAAACACGAAAUUUGACAAAUUAUAUAAAUGAUGAGAUGAAUGAGUUUGGGUUUGAAUAUUCAGAAGUUAAAAAAAGCAUGUACAUGGAUGGCCACGAGCAAGCAGACGUUUUAGCUUACCGAAAACUUUUUUUAGAAAGGAUGGUGAACUAUGAAAAAAAAAUGAUUAGUUUUUCAGGUGAAAAUAUAGAAAUAGAAACCUGGCCAGAUGUUAAUCAAAAUUCUGAUGACUUAGUGAACCAAGUGGUAAAGCGUGCAAUCCUAAUAUUUAAGGCACAUUUUCUAGGUACGAAGGCCCUUUUUGCAUUCGAUAAUGCAACCAGCCAUGCUGCAUAUACAGAUAACGCUCUUGUAGCAAAUAAUAUGAAUUUGUCACCUGGUGGAAAACAAGCAAAAAUGAGACAAGAUAUGUGCUUCCCUAUGGAUUACAAGAUCCCUGAAUUGCGCGAAGAACCAAAAGGUUUAAGAGAAAUUUUAAAGGAAAGAAAAUUGUGGCAUGAUGAAAUGAAGUUGAAGUGUAAAGGUGGAUGUGAAGAAGGAAGCAUUAAUUGUUAUGCAAGAACAGCAAUAGCAAACCAACCGGAUUUUAAAGCACAGCGCAGAAAACUUGAAGAAACAAUUAUUUUGGCAGGCCAUGAAGUUAUAUUUUAUCCAAAAUUUCAUUGUGAGUUAAAUUAUAUUGAAAAUUUUUGGGGAUCAGCAAAACGAUAUUUAUGGAGCCAUUGUGACUAUACUUGGGAGGGUUUAAAAAAAACAGUACUACAAGCUCUAGCAUCAGUACCACUUAGUGAAAUUAGAAGAUAUAUAGAUGCAUAUCGUAAAGGAUUAACUAGUGAAGCUGCUAAAUAUGCAGUUAAAAAAUAUCAAUCGCAUCGCCGUAUUCCGGAUUCAAUCUUAUUUGAUAUAAAU